AUGGACAUGAAGAAACGAAAAAGGUCCACCUCGACACCCCCAGCAGGCCCACGUGAGCAUCUUAAACAACCUGACUUGUCGAGAACGGCUUCCAAUUCAGAGCUUCGGCCUUCAAAUACAAGCUCAAAUGUCCAACAAGAAGCUGGUCCAAGAGACAGCCCAACUCCUAAUACUCUUAUUCCUUGGAGUGUAGUAUUACACAACGAACAUGAAGGCCGAAUCGUCUUAUAUAAGCCUCACAUGCUAGCUGUACGCUCCAUACGACCUCCCGUAUCCACAGCUCCAACAACAACCAACAACAAUACCCAACCACGAUGUCCAUUCUGUGGCAACCCACACUGUAAUAUAAAUCCAGCAGAUGAAUACGCUGCCUCCCUCAACAACCCUCAACCAGGCACCAAUGUCGAAGCUCAAACAAGGAAUAGUAGAUCGCCAUUCGUACACACCGACAGAAGCUACUUUAGGUUACUUGCAUCAAUCCAUCCUUCAAUAUUCGAAGGUCGUGAUACAGACACGAGUAUCAGGACUAGUAUAGAAGUCGAAACGGAUUCUAUAUGUGGUGAUGAUCAGCAGCCAGAUCUCGCAUCUGCUGCUGAUGAAGACAUUGUGCAGCCACAACAGGAAUCAUAUCCAAUAUCGCCAAUAUCAACAGCCGCAGCACCAGGAGUCUCGUCACACUCCUUUAUAGAUGGAUAUUACACACGCUUCUUUGUCGAAGAACGACGAUUAGGAAGAGGAUACAGGGGUAGUGUCUUUGGCUGUCAACAUGUAUUAGAUGGCGUCACUCUAGGUGAAUAUGCCAUCAAGAAGAUUCCUGUAGGUGACUCCCAUAAUUGGCUAGUCAGGAUGCUCAAGGAGGUCAAUCUUUUGGAAAAGCUUAAACACCCCAACAUCAUCAAUUACAAGCAUGCAUGGCUUGAAAACCAUCGAUUAACCGUAUUCGCUCCCGAAGUGCCAUACCUCUUCAUCCUCAUGGAACGGGCCAACGGAGGCAACCUAGAAGAGUUCGUAUCGGUACAAUACGUCUCGGAUGACUACGAUGACUUGAGUAAUACGAGUGUCAAGAAGCAGCCAUCUAUAGCAUCAGUUGCCAAAGAACGAUUACGAAGACUAAGACAAGAGCGAAGUACGACGAAGCCCUCAUUGACUGAAGCUGAUGAGAGAGCUCGUCUGUACGGAGGUAUAGGAAUGAGUCAGGAUGGACUGAGAAAGGUCAGAUAUCUUAAAGAUAUCCAGAUCUGGUCUCUGUUUCUGGAUAUAGUAGAAGGACUAGCCCACCUUCAUAAAAAUUCGAUUAUUCAUCGAGACCUGAAACCUCCAAAUCUAUUAUUACAGUACGCGAAUGUGAAUGACAAGUCUGAAAUACCAAGAGUCCUCAUCAGCGACUUUGGUGAAUGCGAGGUCUUGUCUGAAAUCCAUCAGCAAGCACGGACUGGUGCUACUGGAACUGUAGAGUUCCUACCACCAGAACUCCUCUUCCAGGACUUGGGUCAGAAAUUCCCAUUUGAAGCAUCCCAGACUGCCGACUUAUGGAGUCUGGGGAUUGUAUUAUAUUAUCUUUGCUAUUCGUGCGUGCCUUACUCGCAGGUCGAUGAUGUGGAUCUGCUUAAGGAGGAGAUCUUGCGUUUUGAGACACCUAUAUUCCCAUCAGUUGAUCCUCGAGUACCAACGGAACUAAAGAGUCUCAUGCUCGAGCUCUUGUCACGAAACCCAGCUGCAAGACCUUCAGCUCAGAGCAUACUAGAUCGUUUCUCGUCCGUCCGUGUAGCUUUAGCUGAAGGUCUGGCUCCAUCUGGAACGAGAAAGACUUCUAUGAGUGGAGAUCAGUCUUUUGUAAUUCCAACAGCAACAGGAGGUCGAGUAUUCCUUGCUCCUGCACCAUUAGCGCGACAGAAGACCCAUCAUCAUAAUGCGGCUGCUGCUGCCAUUAUAGACAGGCCAUUAUCAGUUUCAUCGCCGACUUCUCCUAUAUCGACAUCGUCACAAUCGCCUCCAACGUUGAACGGCCAGUCAAGUCGUAUCGAGCUACUAGAUGAUGCAUCACCGAGCCUACCCUACGUGCCAGUAAAAUCCUCAUAUAACGAUAAAACUGCAGCAAUGACCCGUCGAGCAUCACUUGUAGUAUUACCAUCUCCACCAUCUUCUGCAUCAGCCACACACCAUAAUAGCGGUCAUACACCAUCUCGAAUCUCUCUUCCAUUCUUGAAACAGGCAUCAUUUAGACCCCUCGACAUCAAAGUUGUCUUAUUCGUGGUCAAGGUCUUGAGUGUGGUAUAUGCCCGAAGCAGACUCGUAUUGGGAUGUGCUGUUAUUGUAGCGAGUCUGGACUUGUUGUCUUCUGAUGUUGGUGUUGGAGGUGCAGCAGGAAUGAAGACAUUUUCAUCCACCUUGGUGUUUGCUCAUGCGGUAAUGGCGGCCUUGUCGUAUCGCUGGGUGAUUGGGAUGGUGGUUGGAGUUCUUUUUGUUGGUUUGGGUAGUAUCAUGAGACGAUUUGGGCUUUGA